AUGGAGGGCCAAUAUUCCCUCCUCCAGCCGUUCCUACCGUCUUCGGCUGCCGCAGCUGCCGUCUCUGCCACCUCUUCACCGUCGUUUCAUCACAAAGAUUCGAUCUUCUCAAGCGACAAAACCGUGAUCAUCAGAUUGGUUUUCGUUUUCUCGGUUGCAGCUAUCGCAUUAUGGGCUAACUAUGAAGCCUCCAAAACCUUCCGCAUAACCCUCUUAAACGACGCCAUGGAUUCCCCGGCCGGCCGCCGUUUUGAUCUCUUUUACGUCUCAAACGACGGAGCCACCCGAAUACUCCUCAACACCAGCUCCUUCGUGGAACGCUUCCUUUAUCCUGAUCCACAUCGGUACUCCAAGAAGCACGUAUCCCACGUCACCCUCCGCCUUGCUAGCCGGAAUCUUACUGGUGCCACCAUCGUCUCCGCCGGAAGAAAAGUCAACGAUUACGUGAUUGACCUGAGCCCCUCGUUGCUUGAAGAAGAGAACUAUAAAGAAGCAAUAGUUUCAUCUGUUUUACGUGCAAUGGUUCGAGUAUGGCUAUGGGAUGCCAAGUCUGGUGCUCCCGUGAGGCUCAUUGACGGAAUGGUGGAGUACGUUACAGAGUUAGCCGGAUUUUCUGGAGAGGAAUACUCCGUCGCGGGUGAGGGGUCGCCGGAAUGCGGCUACGAAGAUGACCGUUGGUGGGAGGAUAAGGACCCAAGGCAUGUGGCCAGGUUCUUGCACCUUUGUGAAGCGCGAAAGGAAGGGUUCAUCCGACGGCUGAAUCAAGGCAUGAGGAACACGUGGCACGAUCGGAUUGUAGAUAAUGCGUUGGGGAUCCCGGGACGAAAGUUGUGCGGCCUUCGUAAUACUUCUUGGGCCCCACAGAAUAAUACAGUGCUGGUCGGCGGAUUGUGAUCGUCUGCGGCCAGAGACUUGUAAUCCUUUUUUUUAUUUUAUUUGUUUUUGGUCACAAGGCCAGAGGCUAUGUAUUUAAAAUUCCUUGAUUGGCUCCAGGACCAAAGUUUCCG